GGUACAGAUCUGUCAGGUUGGAGAGGCUGCCCAGCUCCGCCGGUAUCUCCCCGCUCAAGUCGUUGUGCUGAGGCACAGACUGUCAGGUUGGAGAGGCUGCCCAGCUCCGCCGGUAUCUCCCCGCUCAAGUCGUUGUCGCUGAGGUACAGUCUGUCAGGUUGGAGAGGCUGCCCAGCUCCGGCGGUAUCUCCCCGCUCAAGUCGUUGUCGUGAGGUCCAGCUCUGUCAGGUUGGAGAGGCUGCCCAGCUCCGCGGUAUCUCCCCGCUCAAGUCGUUGCCGCGAGGUCAGCUCUGUCAGGUUGGAGAGGCUGCC